AUGACAAUGGAAAUCUCGAGGCACGAUUUCAGCAACGGCGACAAAACGAUCUCCUACUUGGAGAGUGGCCCUCCAGAGGGACCUCUCCUUAUUUUCAUUCACGGCUGGCCAGCGAUCGCGGACACAUGGAAGCAUCAAAUUGUUACUUUCAGUGGCUUGGGAUUCCGGGUGGUCGCUCCCGAUAUGCCAGGCUAUGGGGGGUCUACCAAGACCCAGGAGAAGCGAGACUACUCGAUGCAGAGCGUGGUCGGCGGCCUGAUCUCCCUUCUGAAGCACCUGAACCGCGGUGAAGCAAUCUGGAUUGGACAUGACUGGGGCGCUGCAGUGGUAUGGGCAUUGUUGGCUCAUCAUCCCGAGGCUUGCAUCGGCGUGGUGAAUCUCGCCAUCCCCUACCGCACUCUGGAAAUGGGACUCAAAGAGAUGCUCAAGUACGCCAAUCGAGACCUGUACCCGGAAGACCAGUAUCCCAAUGCACAAUGGGACUACCAGGCCUUUUACCAGGACGAGAAGAAUUUCGAAAAGGCCAUCAAGUCCUUCGAGGCCGACAUCGACAAUUUGAUGAAGAUACUCUAUCGCAAAGGGAACCCGGAGACCCGGAAUGAUGUGACACCUCUGGCGCGUGUGUCCCAAAAUGGAGGCUGGUUUGGCGGAGCCGAAAAGCCUCCUGAGGUCCCACUGAGCGCAUCGCUGCUGGACGAGGACCUCCACAAGAAGCUGGUCGAUGCCUUCACCCAGGGCGGGUUCUGGGCUCCCACUGCGAUGUAUCUUAACCACGAUGUCAACUACGAAUGGGCGGAGGAUUGGUCGGUCAAUGAAGGAGUGGUGUCAGUGCCUACGCUCUUCAUCGAAGCUCUCAACGACAGUGUGGCGGGGACCUACAAUUCACGGACCGCGGAGCCCAUGCGGAAUUUUUGCCGGAAGCAUAUGGAGGUCAGCAUCGACGCUGGCCAUUGGGUGGCACAGGAGGCGCCCCAACAGACAAAUGCGGCGAUUGCGCGGUGGAUUGCGACGAACUUGCCGUCUGCCUGGCCCUGGGACAAGGAGAUUCCAUUGAAGCCGAAUGUAUAG